AGUCACGAUGGCCGGUUCUUUGUCCUUUAUCUUCUAUGCUUUCAAUGCCGCUGUCAACAAGCAUCAGCUCUAGAUCCACAUUUUAAAACACUUUCUUUUUGUCUGAGCAGGACGUUUAAAGACACAUUUUCGAAAACUGAAUAACGUGACUUCUACAUAUGAGAAAAUGAAGAUAUGUGUAACUUGUAGAAUUAUAGAAAGACGCAAGUCUAAUUUGAAAUUAUUUUAAAUGUCCAACAGGGGAGUAAAUCUGGUUAAUGGUUUAGAUGAAGGACGUGUUUAUGGAAAUUCAAUAUUCCCUAAAAAAGCCACCACUUCAAAUAUAUCAGUGCACGCUAUUUCAGUCAAGACGAAAUCGAUAUUGGAAGAACUGAGUCGAAUUGGGACAUCACUGCAAAUACUCAGCCCUACUCUUAUCUGCUGUCACCCCAUUAUGCCACCCUUUUUCAAGGCUUAAGUUGCACAGUCAAGCAGAAAAAAAUGUGCUGCAUGAAAUCUGGUAACUGAAACAUAUUAAUGUCAAUUUAGUUUUAAUCAAGUUACUUCCAGUAGAGAUGUUGAAACAGUGUGAUUGGGUGACGUUGGAGCCCAUGUUCAUACUGCAAAUUGUUGCUGCCUCAGGUCGAGAAUGUGAAAAAAGGAUGGCGGAUGUGUUUUACUUCACAACGCAAGAAGAUCUAAAUGUAUUUAUGAAAUAAAAGAAAAUAAUCACCAGCUUCUUACUUGUCAGAUUGACGGCGACAGAUGAUGACAUUCGGCGUUUUUUUGUGCAGUUUAAUAAUGUUGGAGUGAUUUGCCCAAAAGAGAACUCCAGAAGCGUACGUGCACAUGUAAACAGGGGCUUUUAAAGCCAUGUCUCUGCCUUUUGCGGGUUACUUGCCUUAUCCUGGAUUUGUGCAUGUAGUAGCAUCCAAGAGCUUGUCUGACCUGUAUGUUUAAGUGAAGCGGGGUGCACAAACUCCUGAUAAAAGGAGAAGAAUUUAGCAUUUCAAAAUUGUAACUUUUGUUAAGUAUCUUGAACUCUGCUGAUACCAUACAGUGUCUUGCCAGCUUUUCAACAAUUGGUCAUCAAAAAUGCUAAAACAGAGCUGAAAAUCGAGGAUUUUGUAAGCCCAACAAUCUACUUUACAAGAAAGGCAUACAUGUUUAAUGUUAGGCAAGCUGCCUAUAAGCAGUGCUCCAAGAGGUAGUAGUUGGGAAUGAGAAUCGUUUUAAACCUAGAGUUAAAUUCUGUCAAAAAUAUAUAAAAAAGAGAAUCGUUAAAGUUUGGAAUCUAGAGGAUAGCACAAGCUCCCAAGGUACUGUAAAGACAUUUUAUGACACAUUUCUAAUGUUGCCUUUCUCUUUUUAAAAAGAGUAAUAAGUUAUAGGAAGGGUAAGUUCAACUGGAUUUGUAGUGGCAGGUGGGAAGCCAGUUAGAAGCACAUUGUAUAUAGAGACACUAUCUUUAUGAAUCCUCCUGUUGUAGGUCCAGUAAUCAUUGGCUGUAAGUUUUUUUUUUUUUUCUUGCAUGUUUUGACAUUUAUUUUACCAAAUAUAUUAUUGAGUUAUAAGUGUAAAGUUUAUAAAAUAACUUGAUUGGUGAAAUAUUGUAGUGUACAUUGCAUCAGAUUUGGUACUGUUGCUGUGGAGUUGUUGACAAAAUAUGUAUUAAUUAACUUCAGUAACAGUUAUGUGUAACUGCUAUAGUUUCAUUUUUACAAGUAUACAGUUUCACUCCCAUUCAUUUGUGUCUUCUGGAAAGUUCAUUAAAGAAAUAAUGGCACUUGGUUCCUGACUUGUGUGGAGUUUAACCUGCUGUUUAUCUGCAUCAACACUUGGGAAGUAGAACGUAACAGUACAUUAACAGAAUGUAAUUGCAUGUAGAGAUAUACUAGUAGAGUAAGUACAAUUUGUGUUUUUAAUAGCAUUUUACACAAUUCUUUUUACAUAAUCAUAUUAAAACUGAGUAAAUGAAUCUUGUAGUGUCUGAAAUAGAUUGUUACAGAUUCCAACUCAUAUGAUACAGAAGUUGAAGGUCUGGCUAACUGCAGUUCAUAAUUCUUAAACAUAAAAUAAUAACCUGUUGUGGAGUUAAAAUCUUAGUUAAAGGCUGCCUGUGCAAGAUGAGAUGGCAGUGAAUUCUGAUCUUGACAAACUCCUGUUACUCCUUUGCUGUGUGUGCUCUUUACACAUUUGACACUAGUAUAAGCUGUAACAGAAACAAUGUACUUACCAUCCGCGUUUUCAGAGCUGUUAAAAUAUACUCAUUACAAGUACUAUGAAAUCAUAGAUAUAUGCCAGUGUGGAUAAAUAGGUGAAGAAAUGUUUUUUUACUUGUGACAUAUUCAGAACAAUAAAAAAUUAAUUUAAUGAAUACAAAAAGUAGCAAAUACAGAUAGUGCAGGAAAGCUGCACUUAAAUCAGUUGAUAUUAGAGGUUUGGUUAUCAUUUGUCAUUUACAAAUUAAGGUUUAUUAUCUAGGGUACAUAAUAGUGAAAUGCUGACAUUGUGUGUUUCCCACAGAAUAGUGAUGGAGCAAUCACAAGAAAAAACAACGAAUACAACACUGCAAUGUCAGACAAUAGAUGUAAGAAGCAUUUGUGAGGUUGUCAGUAUGCAUGGUUGUGGAAUAGCCUUCUCACCUGUGGAUAAAAGAACUGUCCCUAAACCUUGUAAUGCAGGUGGUAAUUGUACUGUUUGGCAAAACAGAGGAAGGAGAGAAGCAGAUCAAUAUCACCUCGACAUGGCUUCACCAUUAUGAAUCGGCUUAGUAUGGAUAACCGAACAGAGCCAAUCACCAAAGAUCUUGACUUCCAGCUGCAAGACCCAUUUCUCCUGUAUAGAAAUGCAUGUUUGUCAAUAUAUGGAAUAUGGUUCUAUGACAAGGAGGACUGUCAACGAAUUGCAGGACUUAUGAAAAAAUUAACAAACCAAGAGAAGACUGAAGUACAUCAAGAUGAUAGCUCCUGUCACAGAAAUAUGCACCCAAGAGACAGAAAAAGUGCAAACAUCUUGCAGUUGCUGAACAAGGCCAAAGAUGAUUAUGAGAAGUGCAAGUUAAGUUUGGAGCCAAAGGAGAUUGCUGCCACUAAUGUCAUCUUUGAUAAUCCUAACUUGAUUAAGCCUAUUCCUGUGAAGCCCUCAGAGAUGCACUCUAUUUCUGUGCGCCAGUCGUAUAAGGAGGACACAUUUGGAACAAAGUCUUUGUCACUGGCAGGACUUUUUGGAACUCCUGAAGGCCAGUUUUCAGUGAAACGUGAUUCAAGACUGCAGACAGAUGGACUGAAAACUGGUAGCUGUCCAAAAAUUGUUCAAUCUCUUUCUUAUGAAGAACAAUUGCAUGUGGCCAAGCCAACAUCUAAUAAAAAUCCAAUUUAUUGUCCUGCCAUCAAGAAACUAAUGAACCACAGAGCAGUGACUGAGCUACAACCACUUUCAGAAUCUCCUGAAAAUAAACUUUCUGAAAACAGCGCCACUCAGUUGUCAUCUUCUGUUCCCUGCACCACUAAGGGGCCUCUUGAACACCUGUUCCAUCCACAUCUCACUUGUUAUGCAGAUCGGUCUAUGCAGCUUCAAGAAUCCCCAACUAUAAUCAAGAAACUUCAUGGAGCAAACACUGCUGUAGGAGAAUGCAGCAAUGGACGCAGUAGUAACAGUCCACCCAAGAAUCUGUUUCCACAGGCUUCUCAUUUGCCGCCUUUGCUACCACCCUUUGUUCCCGGAGUGGUUUCUCCACAUAGACUGCUUGAAAAACUGCAAAUAGUGCACCAAGAACAGAAUCUUGACAAGAUAUCCAAACCUGUUCUAGCAGCUAGUUUCAGUGGUCCAGUUAAUCAGACUGCUGGAAUGAUGGACCCAUGUGUAGAAAAUGCAAAGACUGCUACAAAGUCGAAUCUGGUUUUCAAGGGAAUAACAUCUCCAUCCAACCCUCCUGCUGUGUCCCCUGCACAACUGAUGUCACCAAUGGUAUUUUGUCAGUCAAAGUCGACAAAGGCAUUGGACAAUCUUCAGAAAUCGCCGCCUUUGACUCCCGUUGACUGCUGUCCAAGAUCCAACAAUUUCUUUGCUCCAAAACAGACCACAGAUUCUGUGAAGCUAUCCAGCCCACUUACCAAAACGGAGCUUCAGGGGACACUUUUACACCUAUUACGGAAUGAUUCUUCCUUCUUAAAUAUUAUCUAUGAGACCUACCUCUCAAGUUUAACAACUAACAAGUCACAGCACAACCUUCCAAAACUGGGUGAUUCAUAAAACAAAAAGAAAAAAAGUGUGCAAUUUUUACAGGUGAGCUGCCUUGUGAUUUUAAAAGGUAAAGAGCAGAAAUUGCACAAAACAAAAAGUAUAAUAUAUGCUUUUUCUCUGGGACAACUUGUCUUAAUAGUUCAUCUUGGAUCUUCACCUAUUACUUAUGUGUGAACAGUUUAAUAAGAAUUAAAUGAAGAAAGGCACAGUAAAAGGCAUGAGAACACCUAAGCCAAGCAAAAGUGGUUCAAAGUUAAGUUUAAAUGGAUAUCAGUUUCAAAAUUACACAAUUUAAAAAAGGGUGAUAACUGGACACUGCACUUUGGACUGGCUUGAUGUCUUUGCUUAUUUUAAUUAAUCCUUUACAUUAUUACCAGGUAUUCUGCAAAGAAUGCCAUGCUUUUACAGUCUUCAGCAAUUUAAAAAUACAGCAAUCAAUAUACCUUUGAAAGAAGGCACACUAUUGUAAUAGAACUUUGGAAAAGAUGCAAACUGUUUUAUUAUAGAUGAUUAAGUAAAUAUUU